AUGGAUUCAGCAUUGUUCUCCUUCUAUCAGUCAGUAACUAGUAAAUUUUCCCUUCUAUUCUUCAUUACAAGUUUUCUUUGUAUUUCUGUGGCAUUGUGUCAUGGCAAUGACACAGACCAACAAGCACUACUUGUAUUCAGGAGAGCAAUAAAGGAUCCUUUUGGAUAUAUGAAACCAUGGAAUGUAUCCACACACUUUUGCCAGUGGCCUGGUAUUACUUGUGGACGUAAACACAUGAGAGUCAUUCAACUAAACCUCGCGAACCAAAAUCUAGAUGGUCCCUUGUCGCCCUUUAUUGGCAACAUGAGUUUUCUCAGGUCUCUAUACCUGUCAAACAAUAGCUUCCGUGGUGAAAUCCCCUCGGAGAUAGGUCGUUUGAGAAGGCUACAACGAUUGAAUCUUGGCAACAACUCAUUUCAUGGUGAUAUUCCUUCAAAUUUAUCAAGGUGCACAAAUCUUGUAUCUCUUGUCCUUGGAGGUAACAAGUUAGUCGGAAGUCUUCCUCCCCAGCUAGGCUCAUUGUCCAAACUCGAAUACUUUUUACUCACUCGAAACAACUUGACAGGUGAAAUCCCUUCUUCUUUUGGAAACUUAACAUCGUUGAAAGGAUUCUAUGCACCAUUGAAUAAUCUUCAAGGGAAAAUCCCUGACUCACUCGGGCAGCUAAAAAACUUAAAAAGUUUAGGAAUAGCUGCAAACAAUUUGACAGGUACCAUUCCUUAUGCAAUCUUCAACAUCUCUUCCAUGACAACAUUUGAUGUUGGAAUAAACCAAAUUCAAGGUACUCUUCCUUCAAGUUUGGGAAUCACCCUCCCGAAUCUUGAACUAUUUAUAAUUGGUGGGAACAAUAUUUCUGGAUCAAUACCAUCUUCAUUGUCCAAUUCAUCAAAGUUAGUGUAUUUUCUUGCGGGAGGUAAUCAACUUACAGGAAGUGUACCAAGUCUUGAAAACCUGAAUGAGCUUCAACAGUUAACCAUUCCAGGGAAUUAUCUUGGAACUGGAGAACUAGAUGACUUAAGUUUCAUCUCCUCUUUGACAAAUGCAUCUAGUUUCAGAAUUUUGGAGAUGCAGUUCAAUAGUUUUGGAGGAAUUCUGCCUUUAUCCUUCCGAAAUCUCUCAAAUGAGCUUCAGGUUGUGCAGUUGUCAUACAACAAAAUACGUGGUAACAUACCGGCUGAGAUUGGAAAUUUCAUCAACUUGGAAGAAUUUCAGGUGAGGGAAAACUUACUCACUGGUACUAUUCCAACCAAUCUUGGAAAAGUUAAAAACUUGCAGAUUUUGGAUUUGUCUCAGAAUAGAUUUUCUGGGAAUAUUCCAUCAUCUCUAGGAAAUCUGAGUGUAGUAACCAUCCUUCUUUUUCACGAUAAUGAUCUUACGGGUGAGAUACCAGCAAGUUUAGGAAAUUGCAAUAAUUUGAUUGAAAUAUAUGUUGCUCAAAAUAACCUGUUAGGACAAAUACCUAAGGAACUUUUUGCUCUCUCUUCCUUAGUUGCUGUAGAUAUUUCUGAGAACCAUCUAGAUGGUUUCAUUCCUCUCGAAGCUGGACACAUGAGAAAUCUCGAAUAUCUCAAUGUUUCCGAGAACAAUUUGACUGGCAAAAUCCCAAGUACCAUUGAUGGUUUCAUUCCUCUCGAAGCUGGAAACAUGAGAAAUCUCGAGUAUCUCAAUGUUUCCGAGAACAACUUGACUGGCAAAAUACCAAGUACCAUUGGUAGCUGUGUGAGACUUGAAGUCUUAGACAUGAAAGGAAACUCUUUUCAAGGAAUUAUUCCACCUUCUUUCAGUUCUUUGAGAGGUCUCCAUGUUUUAGACCUUUCUAGGAAUAACUUGUCUGGUCAAGUACCAAAUUACUUGGAAGAUUUUAAGUUUCAACUCCUUAAUUUGUCGUUCAAUGGUUUCGAAGGAAUGUUACCAAAUGAAGGCAUCUUUAAGAAUGCAAGUGUAAUAUCAGUAAUUGGAAAUCCAAAACUUUGUGGGGGUGUGCCUAACAUACAUCUUCCGGAGUGCGACAUCAAAAGAUCAAAAAAACUUGGUUCGAGGUUUAUCCUCAAGAUUGUGAUCUCUAUUGUCGUUGGUAUACUAGGACUUACCAUUCUAGUCACUUUACUAUUUUUUUUCUUGUUCAAGAAACCCAAAAAGGGGCCUGUUUUGAGCUCAUUUGGCGAAUCUCUCAUAAAUGUUUCUUACCAAAGUUUGCUUCAAGCUACUAAUGGAUUCUCUGAAGACAACUUGAUUGGUGCUGGUAGCUAUGGAUCUGUGUAUAAAGGAACUCUUGAUGGAGGAAUAGUCGUCGCAGUGAAAGUAUUAAACCUCUCGCGACAUGGAGCUUCCAAAAGCUUUAUGGCUGAAUGUGAAGUCUUGAGAAACAUAAGACAUCGGAAUUUGGUCAAGGUUCUCACAGCUUGUUCAGGAACUGACUAUCAAGGGAAUGAAUUCAAGGCUUUGGUUUACGAGUUUAUGGCUAAUGGCAGCCUCGAAGACUGGUUGCAUCCGAGUCCAAGUGAAGAUGCAAAUCUGGCAGAAUCAAAAAAGUUGAAUAUUCUUCAAAGGCUCAACAUUGCUAUUGAUGUUGCUUCUGCAAUCGAUUAUCUUCAUCACCACUGUGAGACUCCGAUAAUUCACUGUGAUCUCAAGCCAAGCAACAUUCUUCUAGACGAUAGAUUGGUUGGUCAUAUUGGUGAUUUUGGUUUGGCAAAAUUCCUUCAACCAACUGCACAAAAUUCUUCUGUUUCAGAGGGAAGCUCUAGUCUUGUUAGAGGAACUAUUGGUUACACUGCUCCAGAAUAUGGGAUGGGCAGCGAGCUAUCGACUUGUGGUGAUGUAUACAGCUUCGGAAUCCUCUUGCUUGAAAUGUUCACAGGAAAAAGGCCAACAGAUGGAAUGUUUAGGGAUGGUUUAGACCUGCCGAGUUUUGCUAAGUAUGCGUUGCUUAAUGGAGCUACAGAAGUCAUAGAACCAUCCCUUAUUUCCGGAAGUAAUGAAGAGAAUGGAGGUCAAAACACAAGUAUGUACCAGAAUAAGGAGUGUCUGGUUUCUAUACUUCAAGUUGGGGUUGCUUGCUCGGCAUAUUCUGGAGCUGAAAGAAUGAACAUCACUGAAACUGUUUCUAAAUUGUACUCUAUCAGAGAUGCUGUCAUGUGA